AUGCGCCGGUGGGGCGUGUAUUCCUUUCAGUGCCUCUGCGCAUGUCGUUUAACUGCCGCCAGGCAGGCGGUGAAAGGGCCGUUGCUGCCCACGGCUCUCUCUUCGUCCUCGUCUUCGUUGUCAUCGUCGCCGUCCCCGUUGGAACCAAAGAAGCCGAGGAGCAAAGCGAGUCCUACAAAGACAGUGACGCAAGAGGCUUCACGUGCGCCACGCAAAAAGCCUGACCUUCCCGGGGCGUAUUCAUCCUUCCGUGGCAUCACCCCCAUUAGCGAGGUCAGGGAGCGCUACGGCUAUCUGGGUUCUGGCGAUAGGGCUGCGCAGGCAACGGUGCGUGUUGCGGGUCGUGUUACAAGCGUGCGAGAUAUUGGAAAAAUAAUUUUUGUCACAAUUCGGUCGAACGGCAACGAGCUUCAGGUCGUGGGGCAGGUAGGCGAAAAUUUCACGCGUGAGGACUUGAAGAAACUGAAGGUGUCUUUACGAGUUGGCGAUAUCAUUGGGGCAGAUGGCGUUCCGUGCCGCAUGCAGCGAGGCGAACUCUCCGUGGCCGCCUCCCGCAUGCUCAUACUGAGCCCGUAUGUUUGCACCGACCAGGUAGUUUGCCCCAACCUUCGCGGUUUUGCCGUGCUGCAGGACAACGACGUCAAGUAUCGCUACCGUUUUACUGACAUGAUGACUAAUCCAUGCGUCAUUGAAACAAUUAAGAAGCGGCAUGUGAUGCUUCAGGCAUUGCGAGAUUAUUUUAACGAACGAAACUUCGUGGAAGUAGAGACCCCCGUACUGCACACGGUGGCAUCGGGAGCAAACGCCAAGUCUUUUGUGACGCAUCACAAUGCGAACGCAAUGGAUUUGUUUCUGCGUGUUGCCCCAGAGCUGCACCUUAAGCAGUGCAUUGUUGGGGGGAUGGAGCGCAUAUACGAGAUUGGAAAAGUUUUUCGCAACGAGGACGCCGAUCGAAGUCACAACCCGGAGUUUACAAGCUGUGAGUUUUAUGCCGCAUACCACACAUACGAGGAUCUUAUGCCUAUGACCGAAGACAUUUUUCUUCAACUGGCGAUGCGUGUAAACGGAACAACUGUAGUUCAAAUUUACCCCGAAAACGCCCAUGGCAAUCCAGUUACUGUGGAUUUGGGGAAACCCUUCCGUCGUGUGAGUGUAUACGAUGAGAUACAGAGGAUGUCUGGGGUGGAGUUUCCGCCACCAAACGAACUAAAUACGCCCAAGGGCAUCGCAUACAUGUCCGUUGUCAUGCUGCGUUACAACAUUCCUUUGCCCCCUGUACGAACGGCCGCGAAAAUGUUUGAAAAACUCAUCGAUUUUUUUAUUACCGAUCGCGUUGUUGAACCGACGUUUGUGAUGGACCACCCGCUGUUUAUGAGCCCCCUUGCGAAGGAGCAAGUGUCACGGCCUGGAUUGGCAGAGCGCUUUGAGCUUUUUGUUAAUGGGAUUGAAUAUUGCAACGCCUACAGCGAGCUCAACGACCCACACGAGCAGUACCACCGUUUCCAGCAACAGUUGGUGGACCGACAAGGGGGAGACGAGGAAGCCAUGCCGCUGGACGAGACUUUUCUGAAGUCGUUGCAAGUAGGUCUUCCGCCAACUGCGGGAUGGGGAAUGGGAAUCGAUCGUGCCCUGAUGCUGCUCACAAAUUCUAGUAACAUCCGUGAUGGCAUCAUCUUCCCGUUGCUACGCCAGGACAUUCGUUCUCAUGAUUCCAAGCGGCGUCAUAAAACGGCCUCGUUUUUUGAUUUUAACAAACAGAUGACGCUAUUUUGUCUCAGUAGUCUCGAACAGGAGUUUAGGCGAAAUGGGCUUUCGGAGGACUCAUGCGCCAAUGUCCGUGAACUAAGAAGGGUCAUCAUGGAGUUGGGACAACGCGGGGGGACAAACGGCCUCCCCACGGCAGGGGGCCGUUUGUCCGACUGGCGAAUAACAUUGAUUUUUGCAAUUAUUCGUUUCAUAUGCGGUACACCGAGGCGGUAA